GUAAAGUUGGGGUGAUGAUUGUGUAGGUUGAUGGAGAUUUCGGUUGUGUGGAUGUUGGGAAUGGGAGUUUUGGGAUGAUGGUAGUAAAGCACUAACUAUAUGAAUGGAAUUUCAAAAAGAUAUACUGUAAAGCUUAUUUGUUGUUUCCCAUAUCGAAGCGUAACUGGAAUAUUGCUCGCACUUCGCUAAAUCCCAUUUACUCAAUCAAAGUGAUAGACUGUAAUGAACUGCAGCGACAUUCAUUUUACAGCUUGCACCAAGUGACGGUAUCUGAAUCUCUUUUGCUGGUGUCUUGAAUUGUUUAAACAUGUGCAUCAUAUUGAUCGGUUGAGAGUCAUCGUCGUCAUGUGUAAAAUGUCACGUGAUGUCCCGAAAACAACUGCUGCUUGUGAUAUCUUAACCGUUCAAGUGCAGUCUCUGGCAGUCGCCUUAGCGUGUGGAUCCUGCACUCCCCUGUUAACAGUUCAAGAUGAUGACGCUGUUUUCAAGUAGAAGUCUGCAGCUAGCUUUAGCAACAACUGUUUACAUCAUGUUGGUACAUGUACUUUCCACAUGCAGCACAAAGGAAUGUAGACUUCAGUUGACAGAUAUAAUGAAGGACAGAUCUGUCAUUUUCAGAAAUAUUGACAUCGAGUUGUGCCAACUUGAAUGUAUCAAUGAUAUUUUUAUUUCCGCAUCAUGUCGCCAAUCAAAUGAUAAAUCCCAGAAGAUUGAAAAGACAGGCGGAUCCAGCGUUCGUCCUGAAACUCAUCCACAUGCCCCGGCUAAACCCCGUGGAUCCGAGGUCUGCAAUCAGACUUCCGAAUGUUUGGAGAAGGGAUGUGGGAAGUGCUGUGCGCAAGCACCAUCGUUCUGCGAACUCCACAUCGCCUCCGAAACCGGGAACCUGUCAAAGGUGAAACUCAUCUUGUCCCAGGGACGGCCGGACAUUAAGUGCAAAGAGUGGAUUGGUUGGACACCGGUGAUGUUGGCAGCUGGUAAUGGGCACCGAGAAGUGGUUGAGUUACUUGUUAGUAAAGGAUCCAGCAUGUCACUCGUAAAUAAAAGAGGUGACAACAUCCUUCAUUGUGCCUGUUGGGGAGGAGAGGUGGAGAUGGUGAAGUAUAUACUCUCACAUGACAUGGAGGACAUCAACAGUAGAGGAUGUAAGAAGGGGACACCAGUGAUGGUGGCAGCAUUAUGUGGACAUAAAGAAGUGUUAGAGUUACUCGUGGGUGAAGGAGCUGAUGUGUCACUCGUAUCUGAGAAGGGUGACAACAUCCUUCAUCUUGCCUGUCGGGGAGGAAAUGUGGAAGUGGUGAAAUAUAUCCUCUCACAAGACAUGGUGCGCAUCAACAGAAGAGGAUCGAAGAAGAGGACACCAGUGAUGGUGGCAGCAGUGAACAGACACAAAGAGGUGGUAGAGUUACUCGUGAAUGAAGGAGCUGACUUGUCACGCGUAUCUCACAAUGGUGAAAACAUCCUUUACUGUGCCUGUUGGGGAGGAGAUGUGGAGGUGGUCAAGUAUGUCCUCUCACAAGGUAUUGUUGCCAUCAACAGCAAAAGACGGAAGAAGAGGACACCAAUGAUGGCGGCAGCAUUGCGUGGACAUAAAGAAGUGGUAGAGUUACUCGUGAGUGAAGGAGCUGAUGUGUCACUCCGAUCUGAGAAGGGUGACAACAUUCUUCAUUUUGCCUGUCGGGGUGGACAUAUGGAGGUUGUGAAAUAUAUCCUCUCACAGGACAAGGUGCGCAUAAACAGUAGAGGAUGGAAGAAGAAGACACCAGUGAUGGUGGCAGCAGAGAAUGGACAUAAAGACGUGGUAGAGUUACUCGUAGAUGAAGGAGCUGACUUGACAAUCCUAUCUUUCGGGCGUGACAGCGUCCUUCAUCUUGCCUGUUGGGGAGGAGAUGUGGGGGUGGUCAAGUAUGUCCUCUCACAAGACAUGGUGCGCAUCAACAGUAGAGGAUGGCAGAAGAGGACACCGGUGAUGGUGGCAGCAUUGUAUGGACAUAAAGAAGUGGUAGAGUUACUUGUAGGUGAAGGAGCUGAUGUUUCACUCGUGAAUCAAAGGCGUGAAAACAUCCUUCAUCUUGCCUGUCGGAGAGGACAUAUGGAGGUGGUGAAAUAUAUUCUUUCACAGGACAAGGUGGGCAUCAACGCCAAAAACAACAAAGGACAAACAGCAGCCAAGAUAGCAAUAUCCCAGGAUCGAAAAGACAUGCUUGAUCUUCUUGUGUCACAUGGUGCUCUCAUGUAAUGUUUGCGCAGACAUUCAGAUAUUCAUAUUGUUAAAGACAAUGUGUUGAACACAGUUGUGACGUUCACGUAUUGAAUACAUUGAUGUUGUUACAGACAUUGAAGGGUAGAAUAAAUUGAGGUUGUUACUGACAUUGGGAUGUGGAAUAAAAUCAUGUCAUUACGGAUAUUGACGUGUUUAUUACAUUGAUGUUGUUACGGACAUUGACGUGUUGAAUGUUGUUACUGAUAUUGAAGUGUAAACCCUCAGCAUAGC